AAAAUCAUGACAACUUCUCCCCCUGAAUAUUUAGAAAAGAAUAACCUAAGUGAAGACGGUAUGAAAUUGCUAUCUAUCCUACCAAAAGAAAAAGGAUGGCUUGGAUCAUAUGCCUACAAUUAUCAAGGUUUUUGGGUACCACAAAAAUUUCUUCAAGCUGUGAUUGCAUUUCAACAACAAUUCCAAGCUCAAGAUAGUGAUAUCAUUCUCGUUACAACUCCAAAAUCAGGAACUACAUGGUUAAAAUCACUUUUAUUUGCUCUAGUAAAUCGAGUGAAACAUCCUAUUCUUGAACCUAAUCACCCUUUACUCAUUGAUAACCCUCAUGUUCUUGUUCCAUUCUUGGAGCAUACACUCUAUUUUGAUGGUCGAACCGAUGAUAUUUCAACUUUCACUUCACCUAGACUCUUGGCAACUCAUGUGCCCUUUGCUUCAUUGCCAAAAUCGGUCCACGUUUCAAAAUCCAAACUUGUUUACUUAUGUAGGAAUCCUAGAGAUACAUUUAUUUCUAUGUGGCAUUUUACAAAUAGUUUAUUACCUGAUCAUAAAGAAGCCGAUUCCAUUGAAGAAAUGUUUAAUCUUUUUUGUAAGGGGGUGAGCCUUUAUGGACCAUUUUGGAAUCACGUACUGGAUUAUUGGAAAAAAAGCAUAGAGAAUCCUAACAAAAUACUAUUUUUAAUGUAUGAAGAAAUUAAGAAGAAACCAAAAAUUCAGCUUAAACGCCUGGCUGAAUUCUUAGAAUGUCCAUUUUCCAUAGAGGAAGAAAAUUCUGGAGUGGUGGACGAUAUAUUGAACAUGUGUAGCUUUGAUAAUUUGAGCAAUUUGGAGGUGAAUAGAAAUGGAAAGUUUUCAACUGGAGAGGCAUAUAAAGUUUUCUUUCGUAGAGGAGAAAUUGGAGACUGGAAGAAUUAUUUUACUAUAGAGAUGUGUAAUAAACUGAAUCAUAUCGUUGAAGAAAAGUUUCAAGGAUCUGGAUUAAAGUUUUCAUAUGUUUGAUUAGGCAUUAAUACUCCAUAAAACGCAAUUAUUUAUUUUGGAAAUCAAUGUUGAAGUAGU